AUGGCACGGCGACAGUGGAGCAGCAGCGGCUGCGGCCUCGCGGUGGCGAUGCUCGCCGUGCUGUCGUCCGUGCUCUGCUCGGGGCACCAGGUUCCGGGCGGGGGGUUCCCGCUGCAGCCGCACUUCUACGACCACGCGUGCCCGCAGAUGCAGGCCAUCGUGGGCUCCAUCGUGGCGAAGUCGCACGCGGAGGACCCGCGCAUGGCGGCGUCGCUGCUGCGGCUGCACUUCCACGACUGCUUCUGUACUCGAUCAGGCGUGCUCCGAUCGUGCUUCGUCAUCUUGAGCUGUAUGGGAUCGCCGGCGUGCUCGGCUCUCCUCCCUGGUCCCUGUUGUGCUUUGCUCUUCGGCCUCCUGUUCUCUGGCGUGUGCUUCUCUGUCAACAGUGGUGAGCUCAGCAAGAACUUUUAUGAGCUUGUGUGGAACUGUGAUGAAUUUGCUUGUGUGAAACUUGCAUUGUGA